AUGUGUAGCUUGAGUUUCUGCAGGAUGGAGGUUCAUCACGGGAUCAGGAAUGCGAGACUUCAAGGGGACUACAGUGAUUAUGCACUGACCGAACCUUGUCCUUUGAGGUCUACUGAUGAUCCUUCGGGUCUUUAUCGAGUCUUUUCAGGUCUAAAGACGUUCCAGGGAGAGCUUUGGUCACAUGGACCAACAAAGGCGAAAGCAGGCAAAACGGAGCUAUGCGCGAACAGCUCGAUCGAUCCCAUACACAGAGUUCGAUCGACUCGUACACGAGACACAGCUCGAUCGAUGUACACGAGCAGCAGCUCGAUCGAGCUCGUACACGAGCAGCAGCUCGAUCGAUCGUCACGAGAGCUCGAUCGAUCAGAGAGUCGAUCGAUCCCUGCAUGCCAUGCAGCGAUCGAUCUCAGCCGUUCGAUCAAUCCCGGUCAGAUGAUAUCACAGCCGUUCGAUCUACUUGGUGCAAACCGACUCGAUCGAACCACAGCGAACCGGAUUGAACCGAAGUCGACCCCGGAGCUAUUUAGACCUAUCUUUAGCCAUUGUUUAGGCUACGCCGUUUUUCAGAGUUUUACACUGUUGUUCAUUGUUUCCGAGGGAGAAGAGAUCAAACCUCUGUUUUCACAGUUUGGAGAAGAUUUCUGA